AUGCAAGGCAUUCAGCAAUUGUGGAUACCGGCAAUGCUGGAACCCCAGCAAAGUGUCAUAUUACUCAAUACCAUCCUCGCCAUAUCAGGCGUCCUUAUAUUCACAGUCUACGCUGUCAUCAGGUUCUCAGCUGAGAAUACCGCUGCUAUUACGCCACGCGGUUGUCGAAGGAUAGGCCUUCCGAAAGGCCAAAGCAACCUUCAUGACGAAUAUGAUCCAAAAAACAGCAGUGGCUUUUCAGAAUCUAGUACAGAUGAGCGAGGCUGUCCAGCAUGGCGCAUUAAAGCGCUCUUCACGUACCCAAUAAAGAGCUGCAAGGGCAUCGAACUUGACGAGUCGGGAAUAGUGCCCACGGGAUUUGCCUUUGACCGACAGUUCUGCUUUGCGGAGCUGGAUGAGAAGGGGAAUUGGAUUGCGAGAACCCUUCGUAACCGGGGUUUCAACAGACUUGCUCUCGUUCGUCCAGAGAUCUGGGUUCCUGAUGCUACCAUGCAGGGAUAUAGAUCUGACCUUGAAGAGGUAAGAUCAGGCGGAGUAAUGCUGGUUUAUUACCCCCGUCCUAAUCCAUAUCGCGGCCUGGGCUGGCAUGCAGUACACUCAGCCGUUUUCCAAAUGGGGUUGCAUUUCGGUCUCAUCGCUCGAGAGGGGUCAUUCACGGUCCCUCUCUGUCAACCUUCAGGGUCUGAAAAUAUGAAACUGGACUCUGGUGUCCCCCGCGAGCGUGUCAAGAUCUGGAAAGACAACCCGCUAGCAUACAACUACGGGCAAUACAUUCCAUCGUCAUUCCACGACUUCCUCAAUGAAGGCUUCCCAAAUUUCAACCUAGCCAGCAGAAUUACCGCCAACAGCAGUCAUCGCCGUAUUACUCUCUUCCGAGUGAACCCUACCCACACGCGCAAAAUCUACCGUAACGCACCGCGGAAACAAGAAAUAGGGUUCCAGCCCCAAACAGGCUUCGCAGACGCCUACCCAAUCCACAUUAUUUCACUUUCUAGCGUGCGCGAUGUGAAUGCACGGUGCGCAGAAGAUAUUCCUGAUCUAAGCGUUCGGCGUUUCAGGGCAAAUAUUAUCGUCCAGGGUCCGAAGGCGUUUGAGGAAGACGAUUGGAAAGUUAUUCGUAUCUCUCCAGCUACUGCAAAAAAGAAAGCACCUAAAGAGGAUGAUGAAGGAGACAGCGCAGAACAGGCGUUAAUAAUGUACACAGCCUGCCGCACAGUCCGGUGCAAACUACCCAACGUCGACCCGGACACAGGGACUCGGCAUCCUUCUGAGCCGGAUCGGACGCUGAAGAGCUAUAGGAGGAUUGAUAAGGGGGAUUUGACGAAUGCUUGUUUGGGGAUGCAGGCAGUGCCGGCCGUUGAAGGUGCGUUGUUAAUUCUUAUGAUAAAUGGUUCAGAAUGCGUCCUAGACACUUUUCUCUUCCCUUCUUGCUGUUAG